CAAGAAUAUUUGGGAUUCCAUGAAGAAGUACCAAGGGAAUGAAAGAGCAAAGUGGCAACAGUGCCAGGCUUUGCGGGCAGCAUUCGAAGUUCUGUAGAUGCAGAUUGGUGAAUCUAUAGAUGAUUAUUUUGCAAGGACGAUGGCUAUUGCAAACAAGAUGAGGAUCCAUGGUGAAAAUCUGGAGGAUGUUGCUAUAGUUGAGAAAAUCCUUCGGUCUAUGACAACAAAAUUCAAUUAUGUUGUUUGUUCAAUUGAGGAGUCAAAUGAUAUUGAGACACUUUCUCUUGAUGAGUUGCAUAACUCAUUGUUAAUUCAUGAGCGGAAGAUAAAUCGCCAAGACAAGCAAGAGCAAGCAGUGCAAAUUUCGCAGACACAAGCCUUGCAUACCAUAAUUAAUUCAAGGGCUGUAGGUCGAGGAAAAGAAAACUGGAAAGGCAGAUUAAGAUCUGGUAGACUGAGAUAUGACAGAUUGGAGGAAAGUUCAACCAUUGGAAUUCAGAAGAGGUGGCAAAAUAGAAAUUAUCAAGCUGCAGAUAACAGAUCCAAAUCUGUAGGAAAGACAAAUAUUGAAUGCUUCAGAUGUCAUAAGUAUGGCCAUUAUCAUUCUGAGUGCCAUGCUAAUCUAAAUAGAGGAGAAAGUUCCAAUUUUGCAGAACACAAUGAGAACAAUGACGAUUCCUCUCAAUUCAUGGUCUGCCAUCCUAAAGAAGUCAGCAAGAAGAAUGUGUGGUAUUUGGAUACUGGUUGCGGCAACCACGUGUGUGGAGACAAAUCUGCGUUUUCAGAUUUGGAUGAGUCUUGUCAAGACAAGGUGAAAUUUGGUGAUAAUUCCACUAUUGCAGUCAAGGGAAGGGGAAAGCUACAAGAAAAAGGAUAUGAAAUCCUUAUUAAAGAUGGAGUUUGCCAAAUUCAUGAUUCAAACCUUAGCCUGAUUGCAAAGAUCAAGAUGAUGGGAAAUAGGUUGUUUCCAUUAUACUUGCGGACCACAAAUCUGUCAUGUUUAUCUACUAGAUUAAAGGACACAGCUUGGUUAUGGCAUUGCCGAUUUGGACAUCUUUAUUUUGGUGGGUUGAAAGCUUUGCAGUAUGAGAAGAUGGUAAAUGGUCUUCCUCAUUUUGAUUCUCCUUCAGAAAUUUGUGAUAUCUGCGUGGUCAGUAAACAGCACCGUGACAGUUUUCCUAAAGACAGAUCUUGGAGAGCAAAGCAGACCAAGUCAGAAGCCUUAGCAGCCUUUAAAAUUUUCAAAGUCUUGGGUGAGAAUGAGGUUGGCAGAUCUGUAAAGAAUGGUGUAUGUGAGAGGAGGAAUCGCACAAUCAUGAAUAUGGUGCGAAGUCUGAUGUCAAAGAGCGAUGUGUCUAAGGAGUUUUGGCCAGAAGCUAUUAAUUGGAGUGUUCAUAUCUUGAACAGAAGUCCCACAUCUCCAGUUCCAGAUUUGACGCCAGAAGAGGCUUGGAGUGGACGUAGACCUGCUGUUGAUUACUUUAGAAUUUUUGGGUGCAUAGCAUAUGCACAUGUGCCAGAUAAAAAAAGGAGUAAGCUUGAUGACAAAGGGGAAAAGUGUAUUUUCCUUGGUGUUAGUAAUCAGUCCAAAGCUUACAGAUUAUACAAUCCUUUAACCAAGAAGGUCAUCAUUAGCCGUGAUGUAGUGUUUGAUGAAGCAAGCACCUGGUCUUGGACAGAAAAAUCUGGGCAACAGAUUCCUGCAGAAUUCGAAAAUGGAGAAGAUCUGACUGUGUAUAACUCAGAAGGUCAAACACAGCAGACUAGAGGUUUAACUUCAGCAGAUCUUGAGGUUUCAAGACAGACAGCUGAAGAAAGUUUGCCUACAGAAGUAGAGCUCAGUACUGGAGGAAGUCUGCCAACAACACCAGAACUGGAAUCUAGAACUAGUUACAGACCUCAACGCAAAAAGAGAAGACCAGCAUGGUUGGAAGAUUAUGAGGUAACAGAUCUACCUCAAGAUGAUGUUCCAAUUAAUCAUUUUGCUCUAUUUGUAGAUUGUGAUCUAUUGACAUAUGAAGAAGUUGUUAAAGAAGAAAAGUGGCAAAAAGCCAUGGCAGAAGAAAUUGGUUCUAUUGAAAGGAACCAAACUUGGGAGUUGACAGAUCUUCCAGAAGGGCACAAAACAAUUGGUGUUAAGUGGAUCUACAAGACAAAGCUCAAAGAGAAUGGGACGGUUGACAAAUUCAAAGCUCACUUGGUGGCAAAGGGUUACAAGCAAGAGUUUGGCAUUGAUUAUUAAGAAGUUUUUGCUCUAGUUGCAAGAAUGGAUACCAUCAAAUUGGUGAUUGCAUUGGCAGCACUAAACUCAUGGUCGAUAUACCAGUUUGAUGUGAAAUCUGCCUUCUUACAUGGAAAUCUACAAGAACAAGUCUAGUUCUAAGCAUAAGGUUUACAAAUUGAAGAAAGUAUUAUAUGGACU